CAAGAGAUGGAAAACCUCCAUUACGCUGCACUGAGAGUGAAGAAGACCAACAGCAGAUCAACAAGACUCAAAGACCCCAGUCUGAGUGAAUGUGUGUACUCUGGUGUGAGGCAGUAGAGCUGCACAUUUUACAUUUGUUUCUUCUUUCUAUACAAGCUUUUUGAUAAAUCUAAAUAAUGUACAGCUUUUAUAAUAACAAGAAUUUCUGACCGGCUUAGACCUGUAUACUAAAUGUAAAACUUUGGCUUACAAUAAAACCCGAGCUUUAGCAGGCAUGUUUAUUUGCUUAUUCAGAGGGUAAUGUGUUUAUACUUUAACAGAAAUGUAGAGCACUAUGUUUCUAUGUCUGAGUUAGCCCAGUCAGAGCUUCUGCUAUUGAAAAUAUUUUGUUUAAUGCUUCAUUAAAUGAUUAAUAUGCAUCUUAUACUGACAAAACAAACUUUCAGAGAGUGCAGAAUGUGCCCCACACACAUGUGGACAGUUUUUCUUUAACACUGGUUUCCAGUGAGUAACAUGACCCUUUUUCCAUCAAAGUAGGGAGAAACAGGAUGUGUGACAUCACGUACAAAAGGUCUGAGCUCUCUGGUGCUCCCUCUAGAGGUAUGCUCAAGUAACACACAUCCUGUUGUGACGCCACAUUUGUACUCAGACACGAGGUCAGUUACAAAUACAUCUCUGGCUAUUAAAACCAACAGAGAAGCAGCUGCUGACAGGGAUUUCCUUAGGCACAUUUAUCCUUAUUAUACACUGUAAUGUACAAUUUGUGAGGUUUUUGCCUCACUACAGUUUGCAGAACUCUUUAAACGUUCAUUUUUAUGGUGUUUUAAUUGACUUUUUUAUCUUAAGAGCAUGUUUGUACUCUAAUCUUGGAGGAAAUCAGCAGUAUGGUGUCUAUUUUGUUUCCUUUUUCAUGUGAACUGUAAUUUCAAGCAUUCACAAAUGCUCAUGUUUCAUUGGUCACUCACUCAGAGUCACUUCUUGCUAGCCAAUCACGUGCAGCCUUCUCUAACAUAAGAGGAUGUACUGUAUGAAAGGUCUCUACUUUCAUGAAGAUGUUUGAUCACCAUGCCAUCUCUGAAUGGAGCUCUUCACCUGCUUUGUUUUUGCUUGUGGAGAAUGGCUCUGACAAACGGCACCACACUUACCAUAACAGUACGACAGCAGGGUGGUUUCAUGUCAGCUGAUUUAGGUGCCAGUGUGACUUUUGAGUGUUUCUAUGAAGGUCAAGCUCCUGCAAAGAUUUUCUGGUACAAGCAAACCAUAGGACAGAGGCCGAGGCUCGUCUCUACCUUUUAUAUAUAUGAUACAAAAGGUGUUUUUAGUGAGGAGUUCGAGGACAAUCCUCGCUUCACUCUGGAGUCUGGAAACGGUAACAAUCACCUGACAAUCUCAAAUGUAAUCCCUUCAGAUUCAGCCACAUAUUACUGCGUCAGCGGCUUUGCUUACAAAUUUCACUUUGCAGACGGGACUACUCUAAGUGUUAAGGGGGGAAUAUCUGAGUCUGGCUGGACCAUCCAAGCAUUAGUCCAUCAGUCAGCAGCAGAGACUAGCUCUGCAGCUCUGAACUGUACAGUCCACACUGGGACCUGUGAUGGAGAACACAGUGUUUACUGGUUCAGAAACUCUGAGGAAGCUCAUCCAGGACUCAUUUACACCCAUGGAGGCAGGAAUGAUCAGUGUGAGAGGAACCCUAACACAGAAACCAACACCUGUGUCUUCAACCUGCCACUGGAUCUCCUGGAUCUUUCUCAUGCUGGGACCUACUACUGCGCCGUGGCCACAUGUGGACACAUACUGUUUGGAAACGGGACGAUAGUGGACUCAGCAGAGAAGAAGAACCCUCCUGAAUCACUCGUCUUCUUCUUAAGUGGAGCUUUGGCCUUCACCAGCAUCCUGCUUGUUGCUCUCAUUAUUUUAGUUUGCACCAUGAACAAAAGGAGCUGUUUUAGCACAGAGUCUCAGAGAGGGUCAGCCUCCACCACAGCAGCAGCAGAGGGUUAUGAAGAAGCAGACAGCCUCCAUUAUGCUGCAGUGAGGACUCAAAGGACCAACAGACCAAGAGCUCAGAGGGAAAACACCACCACUGAAUGUGUGUACUCCAGUGUCAGGCAGUAGAGCUGGACAUGCUUUUAAAUCUGCAGAUAAACGCUGUUUCUCUGUUUAGCUCCAUGUUCUCUUUGUCCUGUAGGAUGAAUGUAACCCCCUAAACAAGCCUGAAUAAAGACGCUGCAUCUGUCUAUGUACUGAUCUGAUGGAAAAGGAAGCAGGAAUGUCUCCUUUUUUCUGGGUAAAGUUUACUGUAGGGGUGCAGAUGACCUGGUGGUGAAGGCGUGUCUCCAUGUACACGAGUGACCUGGGUUCAAGUCUGUCUCUCCUCCAAUCUCUCAUCCCUGUUUCUGACUCUAUCCACUGUCCUCCUCUAUGAAUAAAGGCAUAAAUGCCCUA